AUGAUAUAUUCUUACUGUCUUUCAAUGUACUGCUUGAUACUGGAUAUCUUACGGAACAGUUUAUAUGGAUGUUUCUGUGACCCUAUGAUGUUAUGGUCCAAAAUUUUAUAUGGCACAAAGAUGACUAUGUUAGUUCCUAAGUUCAUAUAAUAUCACAAAUCUUGCUAGACAAUUUCAUAGUGUGUUAUUGUGUUAGUGCUCUAUAUUCGGACUUAUCAUGCUCUAUAGUGUGUUAGCCAAUUUUAUAGUAGGUUACCAGCCAGCAGCACCACUCACAAAAAAACCCCGUGGGUCAGUCAUCCUUUGUUGCUUGAGGUGGCUAUGGGCCAGUCAUCCUUGGUUGCUUGAAGUGGCUAUCUUCUCAAAAUCAUAGCUCUGGGUAUGCUGUAAAAUUCUACAGAUUUUGUGCUUGUCCUACAGUACUCUACAAUAAUCAAACAUGAGAGAAAACUAUACCGUCUUUGUCCCAACGACAGUUCUCCUUAAAUCUUUACUACUCUAUAAGGCUUUAGUGUAGACUUCACAAUCGUGCACCAUGUUCUGCCGCACAAUCCUCUCCCUCCACUCCUCAUCGCACGGAUGUGCUCCCACCACGCCACAGCCGCUCUCAAUUGCUCCCCCCACCGCGCUAGAGCCGCAAUCCACGCCUCCCCACCGCACCCUUCCAUCCACGGCGGUCGCCGCAAUCCAAGCCUCCCCCACCGCGCCAGAUCCCUCGGCUCGGCCCGGCCCCGCUUGCUCCUCGCCACACCGUCGUCGUCUUCCUUCCCAUGCCACCACCUUUUUCCUUCCCAUGAUGUUCCCCAUGGCUUCACAACCGCCAACGAGCCGCGCCUCCACCGCCGCCUGCUCGGACCGGCGGGAUCCCGCUCCCCCACGCGGUCUCAUCCUCUGAGGACCCUAUCGUCCUCCUCCUUCGUCGCCGCUGGGACCUCCUUCGAGAAGAGGAGCAUCGACCUCGUGGACCACGGUCGGUAUGGGGCUGCGCAUCCACGAGCGCCGGGCAUGGCCACCCGAUCGGCGGCAGCCAGCAAGCGGGAGGGGAGGAGGUCACAACAGCAGCUAGAUCCGGUCGGCGACGAGGAGCGAGCGGGAGCGGACGACAGGUGUUCGCGCUCCCACCACCCGCCUUCGUCCAGAUCUGCCUUCGCGCGUUCCUGGGUGGGGGCGGCGAUGGCGGUGCCACGGGGCCAACACAGUCGGCGGCUCACACAAUCGGAGCAGAUGGACAGACACAAUCGGUUUUAAAAGUAUCAUACAAUCGGUUUUACAAAUGUCUCAUUUUCUAUACUAAAUAUUUUUAUUAUUUUUAU